AUGGCGACUCCGGCAGGCGACGAAGGGGUUGAGAGCGCUCUCGUUGCUGCGGCUGUCGAUGCCGACGGCGAGCGCGCAGCCGUUGAGGACGCGCCACAUCUACCAGAAGAGAGUGAGGAAGAAGAGUCCGGCGAAGAAUGGGAGACUGCUUCUCUCUAUGAGGAUGCACUGCAGUUUAUCAGUGACGAGAAUUUGCGCGAUCGCGUCGUUCCCGGAGCAUGCUCACUUCAAGAAGCAAUGGCGCAUCGCAGACGGCUCCGGUCUAUCGGACAAGCUGCGUUUAUUGCAGAGACACUGGGCCGGGGCACCGUCAGCGCGAAAAAGCUAUGUACGGCCUUUGGAAUCAUGCCUCCGCCUUUCCUUGAAGGCGCUCCAGACAAGGCAUACCACCCGCUUCUGUCCCUGGGCAUGUCGAGAGAGAGCUCUAAGCGUCUCAAGCUGCCAGAGUACAAUACUAUCGAUGAUGUUGUUCAGCUAAUGCAGAAAGCUAAGAAUAUCAUCGUCAUUACAGGUGCAGGGAUCUCUACAAGCCUCGGAAUCCCCGAUUUCCGAUCAAAAGACAUUGGUCUUUACUCAAAGUUGGAACAUCUCGGCUUGAGUGACCCCCAAGAGGUCUUUGAUAUUGAAGUCUUCCGUGAAGACCCAAGUAUCUUCUACUCUAUUGCAAAGGACAUUUUACCAACUGAGAAGAGAUUCUCCCCUACCCAUGCUUUCAUCCGCCUACUGCAGGAUAAGGGCAAACUGCUCACAAACUUUACGCAAAACAUUGACAACAUAGAAGGAGCCGCUGGGAUACUUCCUGAAAAGAUGAUACAGUGCCACGGCUCGUUCGCUACGGCCUCCUGUAUGGAUUGUAAACAUCAAGUUCCAGGAGAAGAGCUUUUCGAUACCAUCCGAAGGGGUGAAAUCCCCAAGUGCAUGCGCUGUCAGGAAAGGUCACAGUCCAGGCCGCGAGGCUUGAAACGUAAACGUAGCUCUAACGGUAAUACGAGCCGGUCUCGGUCUCAUUCCGCUUUUGACGAUGAUUCGGACGGCGGAUACUCAACUUCCCCUACAGCCGCGGUGAUGAAGCCCGAUAUCACAUUUUUCGGAGAAGACCUCCCAGACAUAUUCAAGAAGCGACUAUUAGAACAUGAUAGAGAACUCGCUGAUCUUGUCAUUGUCAUCGGCACGUCCCUAAAGGUCUCUCCGGUUGCUGAAGUUCCCGGAGUUCUUCCACCCGACGUGCCACAAGUCCACAUCUCACGCACUAGGAUUCAGAAUUCUAACGAUCUUUUAAACCAGCCUGUCUCUCAUAUCGAGUUUGACGUUGAUAUGCUAGGAGACUGUGACGUCGUCGUUUCCGAGCUUUGUCGUCGAGCAGGUUGGGAUUUGCAACACGAGAUGAUUCCCAAGGACCAGCAGAUUCAAGUCGAACAGGUGGAAGGGUUCGAGUCCCGGUUUACGUUUACAGUAACCAACACUCAGAACUAG